UGCUGUUAUAUAUAGCCUAGACUCAAGUAUAAUCUAACUAUACUAUAAUUUUUUUAUCAUAAAGGUCAAAGUUUAGAUGAAAUUAAUAACAAUUAUCAUUGCUCUUUCUUAUUUCAACAAUGAAUUGCCAAGUGGUAUGGAUAGUUAGUGUUUUUAUUAUUGUACCCAGCGAAGGGAAGUAUUUAUUUAAAACUAACUAUAUUGAUGUACCUCUGGAUCAUUUCAGCUACACUUCAAAUGCGAUAUUCAAGUUAAGAUAUUUGAUUAAUGAUACGUAUCUUAAAAUAGGAGGCCCAAUAUUCUUUUAUACGGGAAAUGAGGGAGAUAUCACCAAUUUUGCACAAAACACAGGAUUUAUGUUUGACAUUGCACCGCAAUUCAAUGCACUAUUGGUAUUUGCAGAGCACAGGUACUACGGACAAUCUCUACCGUUUGGGAAUGAAUCUUAUUCAACGCUUGAAAAUUUAGGAUAUUUAUCAUCACAACAAGCACUGGCAGAUUACGUUUAUUUAAUAGAACAGUUGCAGAAUGACUAUAUUAAUUCAAAAAGUUUUAAACCGCUUCCUGUAAUCGCAUUUGGUGGCUCUUAUGGCGGUAUGCUGGCAGCUUGGAUCAGGAUGAGAUAUCCAAGUUCUGUGUUAGGAUCAAUUGCCAGCUCAGCACCUAUUUGGCAGUUUAAUGGACUGACACCGUGUGAAAAUUUCAAUAGAAUUACUACUACAGUUUACACCAGUUAUGGUACUGAUAAAUGUACCAAUACUAUCAAAAAAGUUUGGGCCACUGUAAGAAACUUUGCAGCAACUCCAGCUGGUAAAACAAAUAUAUCGUCUUUAUGGAAAUUAUGUACACCAAUAUCUUCAGACAAGUCUGUUGAAAGCCUGAUUGAAUGGGUGGCUGAAAUUUUAGUGAAUAUGGCCAUGGCUAACUAUCCAUAUGCAAAUAAUUUUUUGACUGAUUUGCCUGCCUAUCCAAUUUUGGAAUUUUGCAGAAAGUUGAACAAUCAAACAUGGAAGGACGAUGUUGGAUAUCUUACAGCUAUUGGGGAAUCAUUACAGAUUUAUACAAAUUAUACAGGAAAAACAAAAUGUAACAGUAUUAAUAAAACGUCUACGAAUUUAGGUGAAAAUGGAUGGUUCUUCCAGAGCUGCACUGAUAUGAUAAUGCCAAUGUGCUCUACAGAUCUAGACAUGUUUGAGAACGAAUCUUGGGAUUUUCAAAAAUAUUCAGAUGAUUGUUAUAAGCAAUUCAAAAUUAGACCGAGAGACCCAAACGUGCCAAUACGUGAAUAUGGUGGAAAGGAAAUUGAAGCUGCUUCUAACAUAAUAUUUAGCAAUGGACUUUUAGACCCAUGGUCAAGUGGAGGUGUUCUAAGAAAUAUUAAUGAUGAUGUUAGGGCAGUUUUCAUACCCGAUGGAGCUCAUCAUUAUGAUCUGAGGGGAAAAAACGAUAAUGACACAGGGGACGUGAAAGACGUAAGAAGAUAUCAUAUUCAUAAAAUUGAGGAAUGGAUUCAGAAAUAUUAUAAUAGACCUCAUGUUGAUAUUGUAAGAAGAAACCAUAAUUAGAUGUAAUAAAAUAAUAUUAUCAGUUUGAUAGCA